AUGUUCAGUUCUUUGUUGCUGACUUGGGACCUAGUGAAUCCCGAGAAACUGUUGAAGAGUUCUAGUUUCCCGCCAACAUGUUUCGUUCAAGGAACAGUGGAUGUGGUUGUUAAUGCGAAGUUUUCGCAGUGGGCUUAUGCUGAGUUACAGAAGAAUGGGGUGCAGAGUGAGUUGUACCUUGUUGAGGAGAUGGCUCAUGGGUUUGAUGCUAGGUUGAAGCGCGAUGAUGCUGCCUUCGCGUCUAUUCAGAAAGGCGUGGAGUUUCUUGCGCGACAUGUCGUGGGUUAA